UUGAGAAUAAAAGAUUUUGGGGGGGGGGAAUAAGUAUUGCUAAAUUUCGUUGUGUUCUGCAAGUGUGUACAUCGGUUUAUAUAUUUAUUUUAAAAGCACACCCUGCUCUACUUCAGACUGUUCUAGGGGUCGCUCAACUGCUGCCUGUUUUCGUGUAAAUGUGCUACUAGGGUAAAUUAGGGUCCUGUUAAUGAGUGAAUAUAAACAUAUGUGAUGUGUUGAAUAUAUUAAUUUAUGAUAUACUAGAGUAGUGUUUGGAAUGUCAUCCAAAUCUUUGAGAUUCCUGGUUUUUAGCGGUUCGCGCUCGAAGUUGUUAUUGAGGCCUGCCAAUCCGCGGUGUGGAGUUCCUAGAUGUCCCGGAGGAGAGUUUGUUGCAGGGGGCUGGAGUCUUCGUUUGUGCCGUCGUUUACAUCAGACAGCUCCCACCACUGACGUUUCCAAAACAAAGGUGCCUCAGAAACCGACAUGGGAACCGGUUAGCGAGAGCCAGCUGCCCCCGGUUACUAAGGUGUCCCCAGAUCUUGUGGAUCGACUGGAGCGUCUAGCGUUGGUGGAUUUCAGGAACCAAGAGGGUGUGGCUAGGCUGGAGAAAGCAAUCCGAUUUGCUGAUCAGCUCCAUGUUGUUGACACUGAGGGGGUGGAGCCUAUGGAUUCUGUGCUUGAGGACAGGCAGCUGUACUUGCAGCAGGACUGCGUGAGGGAGGGGAACUGUGCAGAGCAGCUGCUGCGUGCCUCCAGACGCACUGUGGAGGAAUACUUUGUGGCGCCACCAGGGAACAUCCCCCUGCCAGAACGAGAUGAAAGAAGCAGUUUACUGAAGAACUCUGGGUUGUGACUGGAGCCAGAAUCAAGUUUCUGCAUACAGGCAACUUCUUUUGAAGGUUAAUCAUCUUAGGAAUUUAUCCAGAUGAGUGACAAUUAUACUGUUCAAGAGAUAUCGGACAACUAUGAUGAAAAACCCACAAAUGUAUUAUGUGCUUUAUAUUGUCAUGUAAAAAAAAUAAAUCCAGAGGUACAGUGCAAAAAGGACUGCCUCUACUAAAUAAAAAAUGGGAGCGAUUGCUGGUA